GUUGUCGAACCUUACGUUGUCAUUGGGAAUAUAACCUCAAAUAACAACGAGAACAAGGUCCUUGCGUACGUUAUAGAAGAACAAGAACGACUAACAGUUACAGUUCCGGCGUCAUCGUGACCCGUAACAGACGAAGAGGAAAAGACGAGAAGAACUAGAAGAACGGGAUAAAUUCUGCACGCACCAAAACUUUCAAAAAAAAUUAAAUCAAGCAAUCAAAUUUUAUUUUGAUUUAAAAAAAAAUCGUUAAAACGUCAAAAAAAGAUAAAAUGAGUGAUGGAUUUAAACCUUCAAUUGAUGUGCAUCCUUUAAUACGAGCAGGGAGAUGGAGCUUUUUAAUCGCAGGAAUUAUAUACGGCUUUAAUAAGCGCAUAUUAUACUCCCACAUCGAAUCGAAAGCUCGCGAAGAACGUUUAAGGAGAAAAGCUGAAAGAGAUGCUGAACUCGCUGAAGAGCGACGAAAACAAUCCGAAAAGGAUUUAGAGGAAUUAGGAAGGAUGUGUAUACCGGAAAGUUAUCCUCCUCCGUGUCCUCCAGGAACUGUUCGACGUCCGGAUUCGGAUUCGAACGAUUCGGAAAGUGUUAAAACCACAGAAGGAGAUGAACCCGAAAUUGUUAAGAGUAAAGAACCGGAAGAUCGAUGUUAAAUGAAAAUGUUUUAUAAUUUUUAUAUAAUUAAAUGAAGUAUUUUGACCUUUUCCAACGUGGGGUGACUCAUAUAUGGAAA